AUGCUCAUAGCGUACAUUGCAUACGAGAAUUUAAACGACAAUGAAAAGGCAACCAUAGAUCGAAUCUUUGCACAAAGCCAUGAUAAAGAUUUUGAUAAUAUCAUAAGUGCAGCAACAUGGCCAGACCACAUAAAAACAUCAGACCCCAGGAGAUUCCGUCAACCAAUCCCAUUUGAAAGAAGCGAAAUUUUAGAUAUUUUUAACGACUGGCAUUAUGUAAAAACACCUUAUAAUCCCACGAAUAUGUAUUUACCUCCCAAGCAUUUAUAUGGCCAUAAGGGGAAGCAUAACGCAGCAGGAAUUUCAAAACACAUUUACAGGACUUUGGUGAACGUUAAGAAGAAACCCAAGCAUGGUUCGUACUAUUCCUACAAUUUCUACUUAAAGUACUUCAUCCAUUUAUUUGCUGAUAUUCACCAACCAUUACAUACACUUAAUUUUUAUAAUGAAAAUUUACUUAAUGGAGACAAGGGAGGAAAUGACAUUACUGUAACUUAUGGAGGUCUCACUGGUAAUAUACAUUACUUAUGCGAUAGUAUCUUUAACUCGAGAAGGAAAAGGUGGCCCACUGUAGACGUACAAAAACUUAAGAAGGAUGCUAUCAAUUUGAUGAAUUUUUUCCCUCCUCGCGCACUUAGGAACGAGCUCAGAAUCCCCAGAGAUAAAAUUGCAUACAUAGACACCAUUGUGAACCAGGCCUACGAGUUAGCUCUCGAAUACGUUUAUAAUAAAUUACCCAUGCAGCAUUUAUCUAAAGAAAAAAUGUUUCCCGUUAAUAGAACGUUUGUGACGCAACUAAAGCAUAUUCUCUACCGGCAGAUGGUCUUGGCUGGGUACAGGUUGGCUGAAUAUUUAAAGGACAUCCUCGAUAAUGUUCCGGACGAU